UCCUCCACUUCCACAUUCUUGCGGAUGCCCCAGCAUCCCAGUGAUUGCAUUCACUCUCAGCAAUUGCGAGAGAACCCCCCGGCGUGGCAUAAAAGAACAAUUCACGUCUCCGCGGAGUACCAGUUGAUUGUGCUAAACGGACCAGGUGACAGUGACUAGAAGAAGCAAUUUCAGUUGGGAAAUUUUGUGCAGUGAAGUGAAGAAACAAAUAGUCUAAUCAUGAAUGCCAUUAUUGCUAUUCUGCUCCUCAUUGGAGCUGUUAGUGGACAAUUCAUUCAGCAGGAACCCAUCCCACUAGCCUACUACCGCGAUGCUACCCCUAUCCACGAAGAUCCACCCCUAGCCCAUCCAGCUGUCGUGGAAAACUCCCUCAGGGAGCAACAAUACCCUGCUGAAUUUCAGAACAACUUCUACAAGAACCCCCACAUAGCUGAUGCCCUGGCAAAGGAAUCCUGGUUCACGGACAAGGAGAUGCCCGUGUACGAGCGAGAAGCUGACAAAAUCCCCCGGGGACAAAUUGUAAAAAUCCUCAAAAACGCCGGACUCGCCAGAAGACGCAGAUAGACCCCCAAAGAGCCUGAUCACCUGCCCAAUUGUGAAUAAUUUCCAAACAAAUUGUGUUAUUUAUUGAAAAAAAGAGUUUAUUUAUAGAUUUUUUUAUAUGUACAAAAUAUUUAAAGAAAACACAUUAUUUAUAUUUUUCUGUAAAAAUAAUACUAUGGAUCUUUUAUAUAGAAUUUCUGCUUUUUUGUUUAGACAAUCCUUUUAUAGCCCAAAACCAUAAGUUUUUUUUUGUUUUACCUCUUCACUUUCUCUUCUUCCGUUUAUAGAUUGUAAAAAUUAGAAAAGAGCACUUCUAAUACUUUCAAAAAAAUAUUUAUAGUUAAUAUUUAUAAUUUUUUUUAUGUAGAUAAACCGCAAUAUUUAUAGAGACAAUUAUUUAUAAUCUUUAUAAUGUAUAUAUCUUUUUUUUUCUUGUAAAUUUAAAAAUAAUAAUAGGAUAAUAAGAAA